AAUAACACAAUUUGGAAGCCAGAUUCUUGCCAAGACUGCCGUUGCCAGAGCAAUAUUGUCACCUGUGAACCGACCGUCUGCAAAGACCCUCAGUGUGACUUCCAGAAGGGACAAGUGCUCCAAAUAGCUCCCAACAAGUGCUGCCCGGAGUGUGUGUCCCAAGCUGAAGGAUUUUGCCAGCAUGAAGGACAGAUCCACAGCCAUGGCGCGCAGUGGGCCGGAUCUGGAUGUGACCGGUGCUCCUGUGCCCACGGGAAGGUAACCUGCACACCCACAGCCUGCCCAGCCCUGGCCUGCGGACGAGGGGAGCUGCAGGACACUGCUGAGGGAUCCUGCUGUCCCAAAUGCGUGGGCCGUGGCGAGCCUUGCUCCUUUGACGGACGCUUGUUCCGGGAUGGCGAGGACUGGCGCCUUGGUCGGUGCUCCAGAUGCGUCUGCAAAGACGGUGUGACUGAGUGCUCCACGGCCUCCUGCCAGCCUCUGCUCUGCAGCCAGAAUGAAGUUACAGUUACAUCUCCUGGAAAAUGCUGCCCAGAAUGUGUUCCAAAGCCCUGCCUGGUGUCUGGAGGAGUGUACCAGCAUGGUGAACAGUGGAAAAAAAAUGCCUGCACUGCAUGUGCUUGUCACAGAGGGGAAGUCAGAUGUCAGAGGGAGACCUGUGACUCUGUUACCUGUGAGAAGGGGGAGAAGAAAGUGCAGCGUCCUGGGAAGUGCUGUGAGGAGUGUGUCUCUUCCAAGGGAAACUGCUUGUACGAUGGCACUGUCAGGUACCACGGCGAGAUGUGGAACAUUACCCACUGUGACUUCUGCGUGUGUGAUGAAGGGCAUGUCACUUGCCAGGAAGCAGAGUGUGCCAAAGUGGAGUGUGCCCAGAGUGAAGAAUUAAUUCACUUAGAUGGGAAGUGCUGUCCUGAAUGUAUCUCAGCUAAUGGUGACUGUGUUUACAAAGAACAUACCAAAGCUAGCGGCCAGAGCUGGGAAGAAGGGCCCUGCAGAGCCUGUGAGUGCCGGGACGCCGAGGUGACCUGCUUCCAGCGCUCCUGCCCGCCCUGCCCGCCCGCCAGCCUGGCUGUUGAGGCCGAGGGCGACUGCUGCCCACGCUGCGAGCCAGUUGAGUGCCACCCAGACUGUUUGACCUGCUCUCGGGCCUUUGAUCACUGUACCGCCUGCCGAGACACGAGGAGGCAGCUGCAGGAUGGGCGCUGUGUGGAGACCUGCGAGUCUGGCUUCUACCAGGAUGGGGGGACUUGCUUAGCCUGCAAUGAAACGUGCUCAGCCUGUACCAAUGGAUUUGAGUGUUCCUCGUGCCAGGCAUCCCUGCUAAUGAAGAACGGGCAGUGUGUGACUUCGUGUGGGAAGGGAUACUUUCAGGAUCAGCUCCUCUGCACAGCUUGUCACGAGUCCUGCUCCUCAUGCUGGGGUGCUGCUGAGAACAACUGUCUGUCCUGCAAAGACAUGUCACGUGUGCUAAAAGCAGGGCUCUGCGUGGCCAGCUGUGGCCAGGGAUUUUAUACAGAGGAUGGAGUCUGCAGCGCUUGUGGCCAGUUCUGUGAGACGUGCUACUCAGACCGACCCAGGUGCCUGAGCUGUGCUCCAGAGAAGCUGUUACACGACGGGAAGUGCGUUUCAGAGUGCCCAGACGGGUAUUUCCCAAGCAGCCAUGGAAGAUGCAGAGCUUGUCACGAGUCGUGCUCCACGUGUGAGGGACCGCUGCCCACUCACUGCACCUCCUGUUCCUUCCCUCUGGCCUUGCGCCGGGGCCAGUGCCUGCGGGACUGCGGAGAGGGAUUUUACCAGGAUCACAAUGUCUGCAAGGGUUGCCACCCCUCCUGCCGCACCUGCCUUGGCCCAGGGCCCUCUCAGUGCGGGCAGUGCAGGGCGCCGGAGGACGUGCUGCAGCCUCGCCAGCCUGCGGAAGGAGCCGUGCCCGGCCUGUGCCUCCCUCGCUGCCAAGCCCGCUUCUACAUGGAUAGCACAGGAGUCUGCAGAGAGUGCCACUCCUCCUGUGCUGGCUGCCUGGGGAACACCUCUCAGGACUGUACAGCUUGUCUCUCCACCCACGUCCUGCUGGAAGGCAGAUGCCUCUCGGAGUGCUCAGAGGGGCUGUUCAGCCGUGGAGAUCUCUGCUCCCCCUGUCAUCCAUCCUGCAAGACAUGCCGUGGCCCUUCUGAUGGGGAGUGCUCAACCUGCCAUCCCCACGCGACUCUAGCCAGUGGAAAGUGCAGGACUCGCUGCCAGGAAGAACAGUAUCUCAACCUGGUGGGAUAUUGUGUGGACUGCCACCCUUUGUGCCGUCAGUGCGUGGCCAACCUGCGGGACGCCGGCAGCAUCUGCCUGAAGUGCCAGAACGCCCGUCACUUGCUCCUGGGGGAUCACUGCAUUCCUGACUGUCCCGUGGGAUACUAUGUGGAGAACGGUGCCUGCAAAA